GUGACUGUUGCCUCAACAUUCAGUUGACAGUUGCUAACGUUAGAGUGUGAACGCGUGCGAUAAACUACCGCAGACGACGGCGAAGACGGACGCUUUUCAGUAGCUACCAAGCCUUUCAAUAAAAUUCUUUUUAGACAGAAGGGAAGACAGGGUCUUAAUUAGGGAAGACUCUUUGUCCCGCAGCUGUGAAAAAAAAAAAAUACAAAAACAAAUUAGUCACAAAAAUGGACAAAACAAAAGGUCAGAUCUCGACCAGACAUGGCGUCGUCAAACAAGGUGUUCUCUGGCAACAAAGUGAUAAACUUUUUUCAAAAUGGAAGGAGAGAUAUUUUAUUCUUACUCGUGAUCAUUUGUGUUGUCUGAAGAAAGGUGAAGGUGGUUUCAUUUGUGGUGAAACACUUUCUAAGAUAAAAUUAGAAGAUAUUAAAUCAUUAGAAUUUAUCACAAGAAUAACACAACAAACAAUUGAAAUGACUUUGGGUGGUGGUAGUGGUAAUGGUGGAUAUGGUGAAAACCAUCGUAUAUUAUUAAAGACAAAUGGAGAUCUAAGAGAAUGGUUUGAUAUAUUGAACGCAUGCUGCAAUAUCGCCAAACAGAGAAGAAAUCCACAAAGUCAUUAUAUUGAAGCUAUAAAAGCUAGAGGAAGGAAUUUGCGAAGGGAAAAGACUGAAAUAAGACAAAGUAGUAGUUCUUGUCAUAGUGAUGGAUUAAAAUUCAUCAACCUAUCCGAUCACCUGCCUCGUUUCUCCUUUCGAAGAACCAGCACAUCCCUCCAGAAACGACCUAGAAGUAAUUCAGCUUGUCCUUAUGGGCCAUUAGCCGAUAUAGAUUCAUUAACAAUUAAUGGCUUUGCUCUACGUAAGCCCGGAGGAAGUCUUCGUUCGAAAUUACGAAAUUACGACAAAAUCUAUCGAAAUUAUGACUCAGCGACCGACAAGGAAGACGACGACCAUGAGCUUAGUGAAAAUGUUUGCUAUCGAAUGAGUCGACUACAAUCAUAAUAAGUUAUAACGGUACAAGAGUAUUACCUAAUAAUGAAGGUAAAAAACAAAAACAAGACAAAGACAAAAAAAUAAACGAAAAAUAAAAUCCUUAAAACGAAAACACUCAUAAUAAUAACAUGAAAAAGCUUAUAAAGCAGAUCCUUGACAAAAAAUUGAAAACGUACACUUUUUUUUGUUAAGCUUGAGAAUCUAAAUUCAAACGAGGGAGUCGUUCAUCAAAAUGUAUCUAAAGGUAUAUACCUACCGACUAUCGUAAAACUUCCUCCCUUAACGGUACAGUAAAGUAAUAGUAUGCAGCAGUAAAACUAUCAUAAAUAGGAUUCACGGCUCCCUCCACCCUACUCCUACACACUGCCAUUCAAAAAGGACCUCUCUUAACUUAAAUAACACUUUAGGUGUGCAGAGCGAGUAAGUCCACUGUCGUCCAUGGGCCAAGUUGUCGCAUAAAUUUAACUUGGCCUAACCUUCGGAGUCCAAUAAUAGUGAAUAAAUUUACGAAAGGACAUUCGGGACGAUAUAUAUAUACAAAAAGGAUGAGAACAAAAAAUAAACAAAGAAAAAGUAAAAAUACAUAUUUAACCCUCCUUAUUACAUAUUCGAUUUAAUUCGUAUAAAUUGAGUCCUUUUGUUCAUUCAUCGCACAAGAAAAUGAGGAAAAAAAUAGGAAGAUGAGGGAAAAAAAGGACACUCUCAUUCAUCCGGAUGGAUGACAAAAACAUUCCAUUACAUGAUCUCAUCCUUAUCCACAAUUUAUUCUUCAUUCAUUUAAGGAUUCUCAAGGAAGUAAGCCAUUCAUUGUAUUGCCAGCUUUCCAUUUGCACUUAUACACACAAUCCCAUAAGAAGGAUAGAUACCAAACAAAUAAUAAGACGCGCGAGCAAAUAGAAUCUCGUAUCCAUGUCAGAAGCCAAGGAUUUAUUUAACACAAGUAAAAUUAAGUUAUUCAAGAAGAUGAAGAAAGUAAGGAAAAAAAGGACGAAAGAGGUCUAUUGUAAUUACAGGUAGUUCAUAAUUGAUUUCAAGGGAAUAAGCGUCCUAUCAACAACCCACCACCCAACCCACACUAUACACAAAGGAGACUCAAAUUUAUUGGUUUAUCAGGACGAAAAAUGAUUAUCAUUAGAUCCUGUUAGUGUGUAUAUAUCCUUGUGCCUGAUUUAAAUUCAAAUUGCACUGUCAAAUCAACAAAACACAAGUCACCCAGGAUCAAAAGGAUUAAUGUUAGAGAGCCUUGACAAGAGUAGGUUGUAUAAUGAAAAAUAGGCAGCGUCGCGGAAAAGUUAGAAAGAGCGAGGAUAACAAAAAAAAAAUUCAAAAUAAAUCGAAGCUUCUUAAUGAGCAACAACCCGCGAGGGAUACCUCUAUAAGCCUAGCAUCAAAUACCACCACACCACUACAAUGCCGCAUCAUCUAAAUUUGCAAUUUGUGCGACAAAAUGUCAAAAUUGGAAUCCUCAAACCCCAUCAUCAACCAACUACCAGAAGCCUCGUCGACACUGCCGCCGUUACCGCCACAGUGGUUGAAGUUGCCGAAUUGAGAUAAUAAUUUAUGCAAAAAGGAUGAAAUUUCGCGCGGAAAAGGACGACGAAAAAAAUCUUGAAAUAUGGAGAUGAGUUUGUUUUAUGAAGAUGGAGAGGGAAAGAGAUAGAAGCAGAAAGUGAAAACAACAAGGAUGUUCAUCUAAAUGCAAAUAGCUUAAAGGGAACUCUUUUUUUUUUGGUUUCUUAUUUAUUUCGUUUUUUUGGUGUGGUUUUUUGUUUUAUUUAAGGUUUUGUUGGUCUUUUUUGGUAUCAAAAGUGGGAUAAGGGGGGGUUAAAUUUUUGUGUUGAUAUAUUUAAAAAGAUAAAUGGUAAGAAAGCUUCUUUGAAUUUUAUUUUAUAUGGAAGUGUAAAUUAGGAAAUAAAAAUUGUGGCAA